AUGCUGGAGAAUGGGGUCUUUGCCCAGCAGGAAACCUGCAUUUGGUUCGUCUACCUUAUACCCGAAUAUAGGAACUCUUAUCCUAAUUAUAAAGAUCUACUGAUCUCUGUUUGGAACGCUGCUGACCUGAACAUCCUCUCUCUGUGUUUCAGAAGAAUUACAAUGGCUGACCAGUUCGACUGUGACAAUUGCAAAGAAUCCCUUUAUGGCCGGAAGUACAUCCAGUCCGAUGACAGUCCCUACUGCAUCCCCUGUUAUGACAGCCUGUUUUCAAAUACGUGUGAUGAAUGCAAAGAGCUUAUUGGCCAUGAUGCAAGGGAGCUGUUCUACGAGGACAGGCAUUACCACGAGCACUGCUUCCGCUGUUUCCGUUGCGACCGCUCACUGGCAGAUGAACCGUUCACCAGCCAGGAUGAUGCACUGCUCUGCAACGACUGCUACUGUAAUGAAUUCUCCUCCAAGUGUGUAGCCUGUGACAAGAUUGUCAUGCCAGGCACGAGGAAAUUAGAGUAUGCCGGCUCCACAUGGCACGAGGGCUGCUUCAUUUGUCAUAGCUGCGAACAGCCGAUUGGCUCAAAGUCCUUUAUUCCUGACAAGGAUGAGCACUACUGUGUGCCCUGCUACGAGGAGAAGUUUGCCCCACGGUGCACACGCUGUAAAAAGGCUUUGGCUAAAGGUGGCGUGACCUAUCGGGAUGAGCCAUGGCAUAAGGAGUGUUUUGUGUGCACCAGCUGUAAGACACAGCUGGCCGGUCAGCACUUCACCUCCAGAGAUGAGAGCCCUUAUUGCCUUAAAUGCUUUGGCAGCCUUUACGCCAAAAAGUGUGAGGCCUGCAGCAAACCAAUCACAGGCAAGAUGACUUCAUUCUCUAAUUGUUUUGGAGGUGGAAAGUACAUCUCAUUUGAGGAGCGCCAGUGGCAUCAGCCAUGUUUCACCUGCUCCCAGUGCUCGGUGUCCCUCGUGGGCGCCGGCUUUUUCCCCGAUGGUGAGAGGAUCCUGUGCCGUGACUGCCACAACAGCUUAUAGAGCACCAACGAGCCUGAAUCUCAGCCUUCGUUCCACUCACACUUUGAAAUGGCUUUUUUAAGAGCCCAGUGUCAUUACCAAAGGCAGCUAACAAACACUGCCUCAGAUCAUUUUCACUUAAAGGCAUCAGCUCCUCAGUGGUCUUGUUUCAUCCAGAAACUACAGUAAUGCACAAAAUCAUGUUGAUGCUGCGCAGUUUGCAGGAGUAGCCACAAAGAUUUUCUCCUUAACUUGACAGUCAAUGAUAUCAUUGGUGGAGUGCUUUAUUAACAACAUGAUUUGUAUGUACUGCGUUUUGUACAUAAAGAAACUCAAAAUGCUUGUUCCUUUGCCAAAGAUUUUUUCUUUUCUUUUUUCAUUUUAACAUACAAGUAAAAUGUCAAUUCAGGUAAAAGUCAGGCUCUGAGGAGAAGACAAAGAACACUGAUACAGUAUAGUAUAUAAACAGGGCGUAUUUUAUAUGUAUGGUGGAGUUACUGUUUUAAUGCUCUUACAACUGCAGUUUUAUGCAUUUUGAAUGUUGCUUUUCAUAAGAUGUCAAUUAUCUUUCUAUAACCUGUCUUAUUCAAUGCUUCUUGGACAAGUUACUGUAUGAAAUUAUAUGAUAUAGAAGGAGGUGGGAUGCCUUUGUGAAAAAAUGUCAGAAUUUAGAUUGACUCUCAUAAAUUAAACUGUAAAACCGAAAUUGAGAAGAAACUCAGACUUACUGCUAUUAGUUUUUUGGUUGUCAGUACAGUUAAUUUGCACUUUUAGAAAGAUAUUUUGUUCUAACAUGUAUUGUGCACAUACAAACAAAAACAUGGCACAAGAUGCAGACCACUUUGUUUUUUUGUUUUUUUUACAUGUAUUGGACUCUUUUGAACUUUGCAAUGACACUUUUCCUAAAGUUUAGUCUUAUUCUUUAUUUCCUAACUGUUGUCUAUCUUUAUCAUCAGUGCACAAAGAGCCAGAGUUAAUAACCCGGAAGAAGCUGCAAUAAAUACAUUAUUGUUGUUUAUUGCAAAAAUAAGCAUGUUUUCACCUGCCCUGAUUUGCCAUUUGUUUUUGUUAAUUUUGUUCAUGUUGUGUCUUUUGUUGUCGUGUAUGUUCACAAAAUGAUAUUGAAAAUACUUAUGAUGAUUAAAAAAUCAGAGCUUUGAUGCUGGUGAGUCAGAGUUGGCAGAUAUACAUUUAAGAUGGAAUAUACACAGUUAAGAUAACCAUAUGAAUUUACUGUAAAUCAGAUGACUGGUGUGGCUGAAUUGUUAUUUUUUAUUCUGAGGCCUCAUUAAAUAAAUUGUCACUGAUCUUUGCUGAGAACCUUUUAUAGUCCUUGAGUUAAACAUCUAGUACCGUGGUUUACUGUCCUCUGGUGUUAAUGAUGUAGGCCAAAGAACAAUCCUUUAGGAUGUUUAAGAUGUCUUGAGGGGAAAUGACUGUGUGCGUUUAUGUGUAACUCCACAGAAAAAGAACAUGGAAGUGUGUGAGAAAGGGUGAGAGAAAGUGUGCAUGUGUAACAAGAGUUUAAAGUGAACGCGUCUCUCCAUGUGUUGGUUAUUUGAGUGUGUGUUAAGGGCAAACAAUAAAAUGAAAGUGGAUAUAUCUAGGAGUAAG